CUCUUUCUCUCACUGUCUCGUCACCUUUACUUUCUCACUCUAAAUCCAUGAGUCUCUCUCUCUCCUUUGCCACAUAGCCGCCGGAGAAUCCCUCGCCGCCCCAUUUCUAAUAUCGGAGCUUCACAAAUCAUGCUCUCUUUCUCCAGUUUUUCCGCUAGAACCCUACCGAUCUGCAACUUUUCAUCUUCCCCUCGAACCCUAAUCGGAGCUAAUCACACCGCUGCUCGCUUUUGCUCCCGAUAAUCUCGUUCCACCUCCUCAGAUUCAGGCGAAAUAUUAUGGAGCCUCUCACGGGGAAGCCGAGCUUCUUGCGGAAUAUCAUGGUGCGAGUUCUUCUCUUUGGCGUUCUGAUAAUCGUCGUUCGAUUUGCUUAUGUCGUCACUAUCGCCGGAGAGUCAUGCAAUCGCGGCGACUUCUGCUUCUUCUCUCUCCCUGAGAAUCUCAACUUUGUCAUCGCCGGCGCCGGAGCCAGAGUUUCUGCUGUCGUCGGUAACGACGACGUCAGAUCUACGCCUGUGGGGUCGGCACGCCAUGAACUGUACACCAGCAAGGAUUGGAUAAAGGCCGUUCAGUUGUACUCCUCCAUCUUUCAGGAUCUGAUUGCUGAUGGUUACCUGUCUCCGGAUUCGAAGUCGCUGUGUGUAGAGACAGCGAUUGGGCAAGAUGUUUUUGCCUUGAGAGAGAUCGGAGUCAAGGAUUCGAUCGGGAUUUCGAAGAAAGCAUCGCGGCCGAUGGUGAUCAAAGGAGAGGGACACGCUAUACCCUUCGAAGAUAACACAUUCGACUUUGUCUUCUCCGGUGGUGGUCGCCUUGAGAAGUCGCUGAAGCAGUUGGCUUUUGCGGAGGAGAUCGUCCGGACCCUGAAACCCGAAGGGUUUGCGGUGGUUCACGUGGGGGCUACAGAUACGUACAGUUUCAAUUCUUUCCUUGAUUUGUUUAAUUCCUGCAAACUGGUGAAGGUGCGUGAUAUAGAUGGUUUUGAUUCAUCGAUGCCUCUUGUAAGAGAAAUUGUUAUUCGGAAACACGCUGAGAUGGGUGGUCAUCGCCGGGAGAAUUCUGGCGGUGACUCAGAUGGUGGUAAUUGUUCGGUUGCGGGAUACAAAAAGGAUUUGAUCCGAAAUGCAGAGCCUCUUAUCAGUGAGGAGCCUCUAAAGCCAUGGAUCACACUGAAGAAGAACAUAAAGAACAUAAAGUAUCUGACUUCCAUGGUAGAUAUAAGUUUCAAGAGUAGAUAUGUAUAUGUUGAUGUCGGGGCGCGGAGUUACGGGUCAAGCAUAGGAAGUUGGUUCAGGAAAGAGUAUCCGAAGCAGAACAAGACGUUUGAUGUUUUUGCAGUAGAAGCGGACAAGACUUUCCAUGAGGAGUACAAGAUGAAGAAAAAGGUUAAGCUGAUACCAUAUGCAGCGUGGGUGAGGAAUGAGACGUUGACAUUCGAGAUAAAUCAUGACCCAGGGAAGGAGGUGAAAGCGAGAGGGAGGGGAAUGGGGAGAAUCCAGCCUGUUCAGUCCUCAUCUGGCAGCGAUGACGGUUUCGACGGGGAGGUGGAUUUGAUAAAAGGGUUUGAUUUCGCAGAGUGGUUGAAGAACACGGUGAGAGAGAGGGACUUCGUGGUGAUGAAGAUGGAUGUGGAAGGGACUGAAUUUGAGCUAAUCCCGAGGUUGUUCGAGACUGGAGCAAUAUGUUUGAUAGAUGAGCUGUUCCUUGAGUGUCACUAUAACAGGUGGCAGAGAUGCUGUCCUGGUCAACGCAGCUCAAAAUACGACAAGACCUAUGAUCAGUGCUUGGAGCUCUUCGCUUCUCUCAGACAAAGUGGUGUACUUGUUCACCAGUGGUGGUAAUGCUUUGCCCUUUCUGCUAGUUUCUGAUUUCCCUCAAGGAGCAGAUAUGAAAAUGUUGUAGGAUUUCUUUUAUAUACACAUAAAUACUUGCUCCGUGUUGAGACGAGAUUCCAUUUUCUGUGAACUGAGGAUGUCAGUUGCAUUCUCGAAGACUUGUUUCUUGCAUGGUGGACAUGAAUGGCAGUGGUGUCUCUUCCCAUGUU